AUGUCGUGUCGCAUGUUCCCCACGUUUCGAAUGGCUCGACAUAUGGGCCGUGGCCGUAAGAUGCAUGAAGUCAUGAAUGAAUCGCAGUGGCCUCGUUGGAGAUCGGACCCAUGUCCACGUCAGUGGGCAGAUAUGCCCCGGCGUCGAUUACUCGACGAGACAUUUGUCUGCAUGGAAGACAUGGUGAACGAGCGUCCAUUGAUGUCCUCGUUCGCUCGUUGUCGCAACAGAAUACGCCCAGCACGCUGGUUUGUAGAAAAGAUGGAAGGUAAACGUGAAACUGCAUCGGAAGGUGAACCCAAUAACAUUGGCGAAAAUGAAAAUAAAUUUGAGGUAGCGAUCGAUCUUGCUCAUUUCAAACCUGAGAAUAUCGAGGUUCGGUUGCUUGGCAACCGUCUCCGGGUUCGCGCUAUACAGGAAGAUACAGGUAAAGAGGGAUACCGCGAGUAUUGUCAGAACUACGAACUGCCAAAAACUGUUGACAUCGAAGCUCUGACGUCAAAAUUGACAAAUGAAGGUACGUUGACAUUAGAGGCGCCUUUGAUGGACGCGCAAAAUCCUUACGCCCGAACCAUACCCACCAUAAGAGAGGUUCCACUGGAAGUAGAAACGGAAAAAGUACAGGAUAGUACUGAUAAACCUGAAGACAAAUGA